GCCGGACCGGACCCGACUGGGGUGUGCGGGGCUGCGAUUCCGCGGGACUCCGGCACCUCCGACGCACUCGCCCCGCGCCCUUCUCGUCCUUUCUGCUGCCCUCGCCGCUGCCGCCAUGGUCAACCUGCGGGUGUGCGCUCUGGAGUGCGAGGCGCUGCGGGGGCUGCUGCAGGAGCGCGCCGCGCACUGCCUCGUCCUCGACUGCCGCUCCUUCUUCUCCUUCAACGCCGCGCACAUCCGCGGCUCCUGCAACGUCCGUCUCAGCACCAUUGUCCGCCGCCGCGCCAAGGGCGCCCUGGCCCUGGAGCACGUCGUCCCCAACGAAGAGCUCCGCGCCCGCCUGCGCCAGGGGCAGAUUCACACCGUGGUGCUGCUGGACGAGCGCAGCGCCGACCUGGAGCUGCCCAAGCGGGACAGCACGCUGCUGCUGGCCCUCGGCACCCUGUGCAGAGAGGCCCGCGGCGCCCGCAUCUGCUUCCUCAAGGGAGGUUACGAAGCGUUCUCGUCGGCCUGCUCCGAGCUCUGCACCAAGCCGGCCGCUCCCACCGGCCUCAGCCUGCCCCUGAGCCCCAGCAGCGCGCCCGGCAGCGCCGACUCGGGCUGCAGCUCCUGCGGAACCCCCCUCUACGACCAGGGUGGCCCAGUGGAGAUCCUGCCGUUCCUCUACUUGGGCAGCGCUUACCAUGCCUCUCGGAAGGACAUGCUGGAUGCUUUGGGGAUCACAGCGUUAAUCAAUGUUUCUGCAAACUGCCCCAACCACUUUGAAGGGCACUACCAGUAUAAAAGCAUCCCCGUGGAGGACAACCACAAGGCAGAUAUCAGCUCCUGGUUUAACGAGGCUAUUGAUUUCAUAGACUCUGUUAAAAAUGAUGGAGGAAGAGUAUUUGUGCACUGCCAGGCUGGCAUUUCCCGGUCAGCAACCAUCUGCCUUGCUUAUCUCAUGAGGACCAAUAGAGUCAAACUGGAUGAAGCCUUUGAGUUUGUGAAGCAGAGAAGAAGUAUCAUCUCCCCAAACUUCAGCUUCAUGGGGCAGCUGCUUCAGUUUGAGUCGCAGGUCCUUGCCCCCAACUGCUCAGCAGAAGCUGGUAGCCCUGCUAUGUCAGUAUUGGACAGAGGAGCAUCCACCACCACGGUCUUUAACUUUCCAGUCUCCAUCCCCGUUCACACCUCGUCCAGUGCUUUAAGCUAUCUUCAGAGCCCCAUCACCACUUCCCCAAGCUGCUGAGAAGCGGGUGAAAACAUGAUCAAAACUCAGACUUACUGUCUCAGAAGUGCAAUAACUACAGGGGCAGUGUCAUCAGUCACUCAUGUCUUGUGGGGAACCAUCCAUUCAUCCCAGAACAGUGUCGUAAACAGAGGCGCUCACCCUAUGCCAGAGAACUAGGUGUUACUGACUUUUUUUUCCUGCUGACUUUUAAAGCCAAUAUCUGGAUGUCUACACAGAUCAAAGGACACUGAACUGUUCCUCCUUGUCUGUCUGUCCUAAGCCUGCUCUAUGUUUAGUAGCAUGCUCACCAGUAUUCCCAUUCCUGGACACUUUGAGCAACACUGAUGUCUCCUUUUAUAUGACAGUCCUAUUUAUUUAUUUUUACAUUAGUGCAUUGGGGUUUUUGCCUUCACAAGCCUAAAGUUUCAUUUCUAGAGAAACCAAAUACCUCAGUAUUUUUUGGUACUGUAACCCUGUGUGUAUAUAUCUGUCAGCUCUUCUCGUUUCCCAAGCACUGACGUGAAAGCACCAGGCGAGGAGUGCUUUUUUUUUGAGUUGCCAAGGGUUGUAUGUUUGAUUUAUUUAUGAUGUGAAAUAAUAUAUUUCUUCUUAGGAAGACAUAGUUUUGUUACAUGAUUAUAACUUUUUUAUACAAACAGAAUAAAUUAUGAUAUUUCUAUUGA